CGAAAAUCAACUGCCCUAUGGGCGAGCACCUGCGAGCCCUCAUCUGACUGCAACAGAAAAAAAAAAGAAAUAACAGCCCGGCCAGCAAGGUGGUGCGGCUGCAAUAACUAGACUGUUGAUUGUGACUUCCACAGACAAUGUCCCGGCCAACAUUGCGGCUCAACCGCUUGCUUCGGGUGUUUCUCUGGAGCCACUUCAUUGCUUCGGGUAAUAUUUUUACAGAAUUAUUGGCACAGCUCUUCUUUAUCUUCUCUAACUCGAUCGGCAGAAGUCCACACCGUCCCACGGGCUCAUGCGGAACCACUGGAGUUUAUGCCGCCAAAAUGUGGCCUCCUUCGAAGGCCGUCACGCCGACGGCAACCGCCGUCGACCCGAAUUUUCCGUUGUACGAGCUGAAUUUCAACGACUACGCCAACAGUCUUCCGAGUCCUCCACCCGGAGAGCAAGGGCCUGGGGAACGAGAUGAACUUCUGGGAGAGGACGGGGAUAUAAACUCUAGGUAUUUAUUUGUCCCUCGUAAGGGAGAAGAGCCCGAAGACCCGCUUGCCGACAGCACGGCGUCGCCCAGCUUGAGCCGCAGCUACGAAAUUGCGGUCGCGAAACUGGCGAAGCGCGCGAUUAGACAUGCACCCGUAACGACAGAACAGCCAGCAUCGUCUUCUCGAAGUGCUCCAGCAGGUGCAGCGAGUAACAAGAGCUCCACCUCGUCUUCGACGUCCUCGCUACAAGCAGCACGCCCUUGCGGAAGCGGUGACCCCACUGCGACGCCCGGGUCUUUACGCACCAUUGGUGAGAACACCAAAACUUGUUUACCAGGCCCGUUCUCCCUCGCAAUGCGGGAGUUGACGGGUGCGUUAUUGCAAGAACAGACCGAUUCAUCAGCUGGACAGCCAGACUCGGCCGCAACCGCACAGCACCUGUGGGACCUGCACCAGCAGGCGAAGGCCGUGAUCGAGCAGAUUUCGAAUCUGAAAGCCGGGGAAUCCGGCACCUGGAUCCGGCCCUACGUGCAACUGGUCUCCGCGUACCGGGAAUUUCGACGGGGUUUGGUGGUGGUCCGCGCGGUGCACGGAAGUCUGAAGGACGAACCCUGUUGCAUUUGCGGCACGGAUUUCCCGACUUAUUUCGUACGCAGACGCGAGCAUGUGCAGCCGUCGGCGAAGGCAAGUUUUUCCGUCUGGAGCCGGCACACAACCGCCAGCAGCCCGACAGGGAGUAAUUCGCCGCCGACGCCAGAGCAUGGUGUUGGAUGUGUCACGCCGUACUUCUUUGCGCUCCCUAGUCAGGACAUUGCCAGGAAUAAGGCAGUGAUUGAAGCGAGGGGUGUGGAAUUUGCGAGGAGCUGCAAGGACGCAGGCGCUGUGGGUACUAGUCGUGUUAGUUGUACACAGACCAGAACGGGUUUGGUACAGGGAACAAGCGGCGGACGGAGAGAAGCAGAAGCUGCACCCAGUCGUUCUCCCACCGACCGGCGCAAAAGUGUUCGGGGCUCUUUUUCCCCGCCGGCCUUAGUGGACUCCUACGACAGCAUGACGCAACGUUCUGGCACAGUGAUUUCAGGAUCUACAGCAACUUCCUCUCAAAAGAAAGUCGCGAACAACAGCAAAACUCCCAGCCUCAGUCCGUGCAGAGAAGCAGGGUAUCAUGGCAACACGUCGACCUCAACACGUCCGCCACUACCGCUGGCACCUAGAGGGGCUAGAUGCGCCGCCGGCGCAUUAUCGCAGCAGCAAGCGGGCCCUUUUUUUUACGCGGCGACCUCGCGCACCUCGACGCAGGAUUCCGGUUUUAGUACAGCGAGCGGAACGACUGCGACCCCUUCGAGCCAUAAUUUCCAGCAAACUUCGCCACGACGAAUGAAAACUGUGCACGAAGAGGAAAGUGACGGAACAAACUACAAAUCAACCACGGUGUUAAACCUUGGUCUCACGGGUUGUUGUGGACAAAAGGUUUGCGUGGACUGUUACCAGUUGAACUAUGGAUCCUGCACGCCCAGGACGAAGACGACGUGCAAUUGCUGCGACGCGCAGCUGAUCUACAAGGUUGCGGAUGACAAUCCGCACGUGCUCUCGCAGUACCACAACCACUACCGCCCGCACUGCGACGACACCGUGGAUUUUUUCCCGCCGAAAGAGUAUGACCUGCUCAAACGUUACAAUCUCAAACGUUACAAUAGAAUCUGGAACUUGUGUUGCAUGAUGAGUAUGACACACUCGCACAACGUUCCACCUUUUGCAAUACAAAUUUCGCCAGAUUGUCGUGGGGUCUGGGGCUCCGGAUCUUGUCAUGCGCAAUUCUAUGAGAGUUGCCUAGAUCAUGCAGUCUUGCAUCACAGAUUUCCAGACUCUAUUGUAACGUUUGAGAUUGUAACACCUGAGCAGGUUAUAAAGAAGCCAGGAAACUUCUGAAGAAGUUUUCCCUCCACCAAACCCCGCCGGACAAACGGCGGCAGCCAACGGACGAUAUUACCGACCGUGCCAUGGUGAUUGAAGGGUUGAGCGCGGAUUUAGAAGAGGCUCUGGCCGCGUUCGAGGGGAAGCUGCCGCUGAGGGCGGUAGAGGAAGAGGGUGGUCGAAUUGGCGGUGGUGCCAAUAGAUCGUCGCCGCGCCAGGUGAGUCCCUCGUUCUCACCAUGAUCGGAUAUUAAUAUGGGACGAUGAGGCCCUGGCCCUCUCAGUCUCAACGAUAAAAGCGAAUUUAAUCUUGUGGUGAUGAAAUCGUACUGCAACCGGUUAAGAAGGCAGGACACAAAUUAAUUUUGGAAAAGCAGCCGCGAUCGUCCGUCGCAUAUGGACAAGUACAUGAAGAAGACAACUACUCCUGCUCUGCUUGGUGUACACUGAUCAGGAGAGUUUAAUACCUUUUGCAGCAAACCAGGCGAGCGCGUCGACGUUUGGCGACUUCGAGAUUGAAUUUAGCAGCAUUCAACAUCGGCGUUGUAGACUACUUCAGACUGACUUACAUUAAGCGGAUUCAUCUUACGGCCCCCGUGUGCAGCUGGAGGUGCCGAUUUGGAUGAGACCUCUUAAUAAAUACGAGCUACUUUUGUUGCUGCUCCGCCGAGAAUAUAAUCACUAUCACGACAAUUCAUUUCUUUACAGUAAAACUACCGUCAAAAGCAAAACUCAAACUGGCGGCACUACCAUGUUGAAAAAAUGUAACGGAACAAAGCUCACUGUAGUCACUUGUCCUAAUCGGAGAGUGUAAAAAUGUAAAAUGAAUGCGCCGUCGUGGGACCGGACCUCCGCGAAAAAUGACAUGAC